UGUGAAAUGACAAGAAUGGCCUUAUUGCCAGAGAAUCCGUAUAACGGCUGGAGAGGGAUGAAUCAUAACUUCUCCCCCAUCCUUGACAAAAGCAAUAAUUUCAAAGCGAAAGCAAAAGGGCAGAGAAGGAGAAGGAGCCCUACCUUCUGCUUCUUCGUGAAGAAGCUGUUGCAGCCUCAGAAAAAAAAAAAAAAAAGGAAACGACUUUGUUUAAAUCUCAUCAUCAUCUGGGUCAUUGAAAGUCCAGAUCUAUCGGAGCUGAUCCACUCUCCUUUACUCCAAUCGAUGGGUGGCUGCUUGGCUUGCUACAGAGAACCUGAAACUAUAAAGGAUCCACUUUCCAAUCCCAUAGCUCAAACUGUUAAGAAACCGAGCGUAUCAGAAGAUUUCUGGUCAACAAGCACGGUUGAUAUGGACAACAUCGCCUUCCCUUCUCAGGGAGGAAGCAUAUCAUCAUCAAACCAGACUUUUGAUUCUCAAUCUGUUGCCAGAAACUCAAACCCCCCUCCUGAAUUUGUAAACCAAGGUCUUCUUCUUUGGAAUCAGACAAGGGAGCGUUGGGUGGGCAAGGAAAGACGUAAUAACAACCCACCGGAUCGCAAUCAUGGAUCCAAGAUAAAUUGGAACGCAGCAUCUUAUGAUAGCUUGCUGGGGAGCAACAAGUUAUUUCCCCAACCCAUACCUCUCAAUGAAAUGGUGGAUUUUCUUGUGGAGAUUUGGGAACAAGAUGGUCUAUAUGACUGAUGAACAAUAUAUACACACACGCACACUGGUUCGGACAGCUCCAUUUUUGUUUUCCAUUUGGAAUCUGAUUGUGAAAACUGGGGAAUGUGGCUCAUACGUUUUCACCGUAAAUGAAAAAAAAAAAUAUAUAUCUCUUCUUGUACCACCACCAUCUUUGAAAGUCAAAAAGGUGCAAGACUGAUGUCUCUCAAACUAAAGACAUGUCUCGUGCAUAUUGUCCUCCCUUUACACAUUGAUAUUUCCACUA